UGAACAUGGAGAGAGAGAGAUGGAGAUGCUCAGCCAAUUGAGUUUGAUGAAAAUAAAGAUGAGAAAGUGGGAAUGGUCCCUUCUGAUUCCAGAAUUCUCACCUCAGCCGUUGGAUCGUGAGAAAAUCAACCGUGUGGAUGGUGUCUUGGAAUGCAAUAAGACCGUUGUUAUGCUCUUUUUUUAUCCUUAAAAAAAAAAAAAUUUAAAGAAAAAUUGCAAAACAGAUAGAAUAACGGAUAUAAAUACAACGGUAAUAUUUUUUUAUGUCUCAACACUAAUUAUAAUAAAAAAAAACGGCCAUAUUUUUUUUUAAUAAAUAUAAACUCUCAAUCUCAAUUCUAUUUCACAGCAAAUAAAUUACAUUUAUCUUCUUCUCCUCUCUUUUAUCUCAAUUUCAACUCACAGCAAAUCUUUCAAACUACAUACAUUAUUUUUUCCUAAUUCAAUCCUCAAUUCUUCUAUGGAUAGAUGCAUUUCUCUUGAAGAUGACAACAGUCCAAUGAUUGGUAACAAUCCAACUGUUGGUAAUAAUCCAAUCAGUGAGGGUAGUGUCUUUGCAAGGAGUAAAAGGCAUAUGAGUAAGAAAGCUGCAAAAGAAUUAUUUCAGAGAAAUCAAGUCAUUGAAGCUAAAGUCUACAAAUUUAGCAAUGUGUUGGAGACAUUUAAUCAACACCUUGCUGAAAAGGAAAAGAAAAAAGAUAAAAGAGAAGAAAAAAGGAUUCAAGCAUGGCAAGAGAUGAAAGAACUUGAGAUCAAAAGACAAGAACAUGAGAUCAGAAAUGAAGAACAUUUGAUAAUGACAACAAACAUUUCUCAUUUGGACCCUCAAAUAAAAGCGUAUUACAUAAUGCGAAAAAAUGAGAUUUUCGCCAAGUGGUCUGCAAAUGUCAGCAAUCCAAAUUACAAUUUUCCCCUGCCUCCUGAUGAAUAAUUAUGGAAGAAUGUAUUUUUUAAUUUUGUAAUGUCAUUUAUUUUUUAAUAUAAUUUUUAGUUUUUAUUUGCAAUGUCAUUUUUAUUUUGCAAUAUAAUGUAGUGGUCCAUUUAAUUUUGAGUAUUUUUUAUG